ACUUCGAGAUAUUUAGAUAGUAUGCGUGUAUGGGCGGAUGAGGUAAUGUCUUUUUUUUUUUAACCAACGUAACCAACGUCAACGUAUCUGAAAUCUAAUAUCAGUAUAACUUCAUUGUUUUUGCUGAACAACUUUAGGCUAGAGUUAGCUAUUAAAUAAAGACUCUUAUAACUAGAGAAAUGAUAGUAGUUGAAAUUAUCGAACAUCUCAUAAUAGAAGUAUGGUAAGUCUGUGGUUCGCGUUGUUUUCGCCACGACGUCACAAGUGCGCACUAGUGGCUGUUUUGAAGACAUUGAACAUCAAAAUGGACUCUGAAAUAUUAUUUAGUGAGCGGUACGGGGCUUUAGGUCAUGAAACGAUAUAUGUCAAAUCACCUGAUCAAAACGUUGUGGUAUGUUUGGGGUCGUCGGACACCUUACCAAGAUCAUUGUUUUAUGUAUUUACUGCCAGUUUCAGAGAAGUAUUUUUACCUCAAGGGUAUCCUGAGAGUGUUAGUGCAGACUAUCUAGAUUAUCAAAUUUGGGACACAGUGCAGGCAUUUUGUAGUUCAAUAUGUGGAGCACUAACGACUCAAGCCAUAAUGAAAGGUGUUGGUGUAGGUGACAAUGUAGCCACUCCAUUAGGAGCAGCUGUCAUGUGGAUUUUUAAAGAUGGAACCGGAAUGGUUGGACGGAUUGUGUUUGCUUGGUGGAAAGGAACUUUCCUGGAUGCGGAUUGCAAAAAGUGGCGACUUUUUGCAGAUUUUUUGAAUGAUAUUGCAAUGGGUAUAGAGCUAUUUUUGCCAUAUUUCAUGGAAUAUUCCAUGCAAAUAUUGUGCUUAUCAACUUCCAUGAAAGCCAUUGUUGGUGUAGCAGGGGGUGCUACUAGAGCUGCCAUAACUCAACAUCAGGCAAUUCGUGACAAUAUGGCAGAUGUAUCAGCCAAAGAUGGAAGCCAAGAAACAUUUGUAAAUUUAACUGCAUCAAUGCUAGGAAUAUUGAUUCUAUCGCUCUGCACUGAGGAGAGGUAUUCCUGGGGUCUCUUCAUAACUAUCACGAUUUUGCACUUAUACGCUAAUUAUAAAGCUGUGAGAAGUUUGAGACUUCUCUCUCUCAAUCCGGGGAGAUUAAUUCUUUUAUUACAAACAUACUUGACGAAAGGUGUUAUUUCAUGUCCUGAGAUAAUUAAUAAAGAAGAAUCAGUGUUUUUGGGGUCUGGUUUAACAGAUUUAGAUUUGUGUGGGCAUCAUGUAAUAUUGGGAACAUCACUGAAGAAAAUCUUAUCAUCUGGUGUAAUUUCAGCAGAAGAUUUGAAUUUGCUGGCAAAUCUUUACAGAAAAAGAAAGUACAUGUUAGUGGCUGAUACAAAGAACAAGAAAAUAUAUGUUGCAUUGCAACAUAAGGUGCAACCAGUGGAGAUUAUAGAAGCAUAUUUUCAUGCUGUUUUAUUGGGCAUUUGUAUUUCUCUUUUCUCAGGAUCUUCUCUUAAAACAUUGCAGAUGGACAAGAAAGAAGUGUCAUGCCCACUUCAUCAUUUGGAAACCCUGAUGAACAAGUACAAUGCAGGGUCCAAAAAAGCGAUGCGAAUUCCCUUAGAAGCAGUAUUGGCAACAGAUGAUGUGAUCUCAAAAGAAUUCAGUGAAUUCUUUACAGCACUAAGAUCAAUAGGUUGGUCCACACAAAAUCAUCAGCUGGGAGUUGAUGAAUGGCGCAGCAAUUGGACAUCUGAGACACAUCUUCAUUCUAAAACUUUGUGAUUGGAAUUAAAAGGCAAUUUUUGUUAAUACAAUUCUUCCAUGGGCUAUUUGUUUUGAAGUUCUUCAGACUGAAUGUGUGAGAAAGUGUUGUAAGAUAAGUUUUCCUAUAAAGAACUUUUUUGCUUAAAUAAUUUGAGGAAUUAUUUUGUUGAAUUUAAUACAAACAAUAAUUAAUGAAACUGCAGACAAAAUAUAUUUCAAAGCUAAUUUAUAUUUUACAUCAAGCUAUAACUGUUCUUUUCUGAUAGGAUUUUUGAAAAAGUCAAGUUAAACUGAAUAUUGUUAAUUUAUUAACAAAUAUAUACAGAUAUUUUCUAUAAGUUUCAGUUUACACUUUAUAGGAUUUUUGACAGCUGUUGCUGAGGUAAUCACACAGCCAGGGGAAGAAAAUAAUGCACCGAUACCACAUAUUUGGAAGAAAUUUCAAGAAGUUGCACUUGUAGGCACUUCCUGGUUCUGAACUUGUUUUUGUCCGGUUUGUGACAAAUGCUUCACCACAUCCACCCAAUCCCAACCUCGAGGUUUCUCUCCUCUCGCAUCAACUCUGUCCCAUUGUUUCCUCUUCUGCGCCUUACUUAAAUGUUCCUUCUUUGCUGCUUUCUUAGUUUCCACUUCCUGUGGUUCAGAAAUAGACACACAAUCCAUAGACACACCAAGGUCCUUCACUAUGGCAUCUGGUUGGGCUGCAAUCAACUCUUCCGCUUUCUCUUUAACAAAUUCAAAUAGUGUGUAGGUCAUUGCUGCUCCUAAGUACUGUUCAGCUUCUUGAUUUACUACUGUAACUAUAUUUUCCUUAAUUUCUGGAAGUCUAUGUCGAUUAUAAAAUGUAUCCAUAUUAAUUGUUGGUUUUUCAGUAGGAUAUGUCUUUCCCCAAGACACUUCCAAAAGAAAAGACCUUGGUUCAUCAUCUUGCCCAUACUUAUACUGAAAUACUGUAGAAGAUAACUGCUUGAAUGCAGGAUCCCCCUCAUAUAUGGAAGACAACACUUCCCUUUCCUCCUCUUGCAAUUCUUCGUCAGACAUAAUUGCAGUACAAGUUAAAAGUGUUGUAAUCUGUGAUGCAGCGAGUUAAUUUGUCACACGUUUCGUCCUAACCUAAUUUUUCCCCAGUAGAAAGCAAAAGCAGUAUAUUUAAGCAUUGAGAGUUGCAAUAUCAAAGAAACGACGUGUACGCAUAAAGUUGAAGUAUUUUAUCGUUCCUCUGUAUGUGGUGCAUCAUUUUCUAGUAAUGUGAGAACAGAUAAUCAUGAUGCUAACGGUUUCCAGGUUACCUGUUAACUUAAAACUGAAUUAAACACCUACUCUCUGGAAUUAAACAUAACCUAUACCAGACCUUAUACUUCGUGGACGACAACAAACCAGUUUUGCCAAAUUUCGUUGGGCAAAAUCCCUAGAAUCUACAGCUCACAGUCUCUCGUUCAGUUCACGUUGGCCUCGCAAUAUUGAGACCACUGAUUAGAAAUUCCAGUGGCCACGGUUGUUUUACACUGGUAGAGAAAUCUAAUAGAAUCAAAUGCUAGCGAGACGUACAUAAAAUAUGUGACGCAAAUUUAGAGUACUCUGAAUACCCACUCUCCCAUUUACAGUAUGCAAAAAUAUACUAGUCAAAUCCAUUAGUAUUAAUUUAACUUGUGUUAUAGAUUAAAAUUUAUGAUAAAUAAAGUUGACGCAGACUGCACGUAAAAAUAAGAUAGGAGA